GUCAGAUUUACAUUGAAGAUUCCCGUUCUGUUGGAGCUGUUUGAUAUCGUAUUUACUCUCUUCAAUUUUCGCUCUCAUACGUUGUCAUCUGCCAAACACCUUUUCAGCAAUGCGUUCUCUCGUCAUUUUUUCGACACUCUUCACAGCAGUUCUGGCUGGAAGCCGGACCUCAGCACCAUCUGGUUGUAUCACAGUUGGCUCCGGUGGCAAGUAUUCCAAAAUUCAAGACGCCAUCAACUCCUUAAGCACCUCGUCUUCAACUGCUCAAUGUCUCUUCAUUGAAUCAGGCACCUACAAUGAGCAAGUUAGCAUUGCAGCCAGAAAUGCACCACUUACUAUCUAUGGUUACACCACGGACACAAGUUCCUAUACAAGCAACGUCGUGAACAUCCAGCACAGCUCGAGUCAAGCGAGUGGCGCAGCCAACGACUACGACACCGCGACCAUACAGAACAACGCUGCCAACAGUAAAUUCUAUAACGUCAACAUCAAAAACACCUACGGGGCCGGCUCGCAAGCUCUCGCUCUGGCAGCCUAUGCCACCGAGCAAGGCUAUUAUGGGGUGGGGUUCUACGGUUAUCAGGAUACCAUCCUCGCUCAGACCGGCAACCAGGUCUAUGCCAAGUGCUAUAUCCAAGGCGCAGUCGACUUCUUCUGGGGCCAGCAUGCCCGAGCCUGGGUUGACGGCUCUGAUAUCCGUGUCAACGGUGUUGGAGCCAUCACCGCCAACGGCCGAGCAUCCUCAUCUGAUACCUCUUAUUAUGUGAUUAACAAAUCCUCCGUCGCCGCAGCAAGCGGUGCUUCAAUCAGUGCUGGCACAGUAUACCUUGGACGCCCGUAUAGCGAGUAUGCCAGAGUGUGUUUCCAGAAGACGGUACUGAGCAAUAUCAUCAACAGUGCGGGGUGGGAGGUUUGGCAACCGAGCGACCAGAGGACGGGCGACGUGACUUUCCAGGAAUAUGGAAAUACAGGUGCUGGAGCUGCAGGGACAAGAGCGAGUUUCUCGACGAAGCUGAGCGCGGCGAUUGAGAUCGCCACGAUCUUGGGAAGCGGAUAUACUGGAUGGGUUGACACGAGCUACUUGUCUUCGUAAGAGGAUAUUGGCGGAGGGGGGCUGGUCGAGCAGGAAGUACACGGACACCGAGUCUGUUAUCCUUUUUAGAGGGACUUAAACAGUUAGGAAUAUCUUCUUCUCAUUGUACAUAACUUCAGUAAUUGUCUAUAAAAUUGAGAGGAAAAGAGAGGACGUUUGCGUCUGGCCCUUUGGUCGAGACAUGGGCAACCAUAAGAAUUGGAAUAAACGGCUGUGCUUCAGAGUUGUGGGACAAUGCAAAUGGGCUAAGUUUAAAUGGUGAAUUGACAUUUGAGAGAUAAAG